UUGACUCCUGGUGCCGACAUCGAUCCCCUUUCACGACUUUCUUUACGACCACUACCUUCCCUCAAAAAUGGCAUCCAUUGGCACCCUCUACACCACCCCUCAGCAAGGCAAGGGCCAGCGGAUUCGUGCCGCUGCUGCCUUCGCUGGCUUGCAGCUAGAUUUGCCUGCUAGCUACGUCCACUAUGAAGACAAUAAGAAGCCUGAGUUCCUUGCGAAGUUCCCUCAUGGAAAGAUCCCCGCUUUGGAGACCAAGGACGGCUUCCACCUCUUCGAGGCCGUUGCAAUCGCUAACUACGUUGCGUCACUUGCUCUCAACUCUACACUCCUCGGAAAUAACAAGGAGGAGAGGGCUCUUGUUGACCAAUGGAUCUCGUUUGCUGACAGCGAGAUCGAUAACUAUGUCACUCUUAUUGCCCAGCUCUGCCAGGGUAGGCUCACGCCAUAUGCCAAGCCCAUCCACACUGCCUUCCUCGAGCGUGUGACUCGCAGUUUGAACACCCUCGAGAAGCACCUUUCCACCCGCACUUUCCUCGUCAACGAGAGAAUCACCCUCGCUGACAUCACCGUCGCCUCCGUCAUCCAACGCGCCGUUUCACUUGUCAUCGACGCCCCUCUUCGCGCCAAGCUCCCUAGCAUCAUCCGUCAUCUUGAGACUGUCGUGAAUCAGUCCGCAAUUAAGCCCAUUUUCGGCGAGAUUCAAUACGCUGAGAAGGCUAUCCAGUUUGUCCCCCCUCCUAAGGAGAAGAAGGAGCCCAAGCUUGCCGCUGCUGCUGCCCCCAAAGCUGAAAAGAAAGCUGAAAAGAAGCCCAAGAAAGAAGAGGACGAAGAAGAGGACGACCUUGUUCCCAAGGAGGAGCCCAAGGCCAAGAACCCUCUUGACUUCCUUCCCAAGUCCACCUUCAACCUCGAGGACUGGAAACGUGCAUACUCCAACAAGGACACUCGUGGUCCUGGAGGUGCCCUUGAGUGGUUCUACCAGAACUUCGACAAGGAGGGCUUCUCCGUGUGGCGCGUUGACUUCAAGUACAACGAGGAGCUCACCCAGACCUUCAUGUCCUCUAACCAGAUUGGUGGUUUCUUCAACCGUCUCGAGGCUUCCCGCAAGUACCUCUUCGGUUCCGUUGGUGUCCUUGGCCAGACCAACAACUCUAUCAUUUCUGGUGCUUUGAUUGCUCGUGGCCAGGAGAUCAAGCCUGUUGUUGAGGUUGCUCCUGACUUCGAGUCCUAUAUAUACACCAAGCUUGACUUGGAGAACCCCAAGGACAAGGAAUUCUUCGAGGGUGCUCUUGCCUGGGAUCUUGAGAUCGAUGGCAAGAAGUGGGUUGAUGGCAAGAACUUCAAGUAAAAACGCCUUCGUAUCCAUUGCUUGAUUUUCAUCUGCUUGUUCAUCAGAGGUGUAUCGAUUUACUGUUUUGCUAGAUGGUUCUUUCCUCGUCUUUCUUGCCAUGAUUGUAUCACCCCCGCCCGUUGUAGCCCUUCAGAAGUAGAAAAAGAAAAAUUGAAUACGAAGAAGUUUGAUCUUGCGUCAUCUAGUCAUUGCUGAGGUCAUGGUCGUGGCAGUUCUUUC